UGUGUUUCGUUGAAUGAGUCGCGCAAGUUAGCGCACUGCGAAGCUAUGCGACGAGCACGCUUUGUUUCCCGGCCGGGCAGCUGCGCUCCAACACUGAGACUUGUACCUGGGCAGGUAACAGAAGCAACAGGUCAUUUCUAUAUGCGAGGGGAGCAGCCGGCACGAACCCGAUUCCAAUGCGACUCUAUUCCAACGAGCUCGACCGCGCAACGCUCGCUGCUCGCUCGCUUGUCGCCGUUUGUCAGUUGCGUGCUGAACUCCGGUGUGAGCGUACGUUGUACGACGUCAAGUCGCGUUAUCGUUACUCGGAGACUUUCACGCGCCAGAUUGUAUUUUGACGACGAGUGAUGUGCGCGAACGCAACACUGGACGACUUUAUUCAAGAUCAAAGUUUGUGACGGUGCAAAUGUCUCCUAGUUUAGAGGGUAUCAUGUUUAACAGGAACGCGAGCGCGAACCUGUCGGCACGGCGGCCGUUGCUCGCCGAACCGCAAAAGCCAGUAGUGGUGCCUCCGCGCGCGCCACCGCGAGACUUCGGCACGCACAGACCUCUGCCCGCGCCCCGGAAUCUGCCGACGGACUACUAUGAAUACCGUCCGGAUUACUGGAAACCUUCGAACGUCGAACUCGAGAAACGAUUACAAGAAGCUAGAGCGCGAGAGAAGGUCGGUUACUUUCAGGACAAAGUAACACCGCCCGAUCUGAGCUUGGAUCGUAGGGAAGCGGAACUCGUCUUUAGAUUCGAUCCUCACGCGUCGGCCGAGUACCUAUCGAGUCAGUACCGUGCCCCGACCGUGCAUUAUGCUAAGCCACCGACGCCGGUGAACGGGUUCGCUAACCGUUUGCCGGAGAGAGAUGGCCCUUUUGUGUUCGGUGUACACAGCCCUAGCCAAUUUCCGAUUCCGCGGCGAGACGAAGAUGACUACGAUUAUUCGGAGGUGGCUGAAGAAAACGGUCAUACCGUGAUACAGGACGAUGUGUCCGAAGACAUGAAUUGCUGUGAUAAAGUAAACGAUUGGGCAGUGCGCGACAAAAAGAGCAGGAGGACUUUGAAUCGAAUGUUUCAGAUAAAAGAUAGACGUAAAGUGAAAUGUGGAAAGAAGGAGAAGAUAAAGUGUGUGUUGGUCGGUGACGGAGCGGUGGGAAAGAGUUCGUUAAUUGCAGCCUAUGCCCAGGACACAUUUCGGGAGGAUUACCAGCCCACUGCUUACGACACAUUUAACGUUGUGGUAGACGUGGACGAUCGGCCAGUCUGCGUGGAAAUCUGUGAUACUGCUGGACAAGACUCGAUGUCAGAGCUACGAGCGCUGUGCUACCCGGGAACCGACGUGCUGAUGCUCUGCUUCUCUGUGGUACGGCCGGAGACCUUCCGCUCUGUGGCUGAGCGCUGGACACGAGCCGUCGCCAGUGUGAACGCGCCCUUAGUGCUUGUUGGUACCCAGAGCGAUCUUGCGACUGACGAUAAAGUCAUACAAGGCCUUAAGGCAAUCGGAGAGCAUGCUGUGACUGAAAUGGAAGCGAGGGCUUUAGCAACUAAAAUAAACGCAGUUUACGUGGAGACAUCGGCCAAGACGCGGAAACAACUCAAAGACGCCUUCGACGCCGCCAUAUUGGCGGGCUUGCCUGUCGUACACGCCAAACGACCGUUCUGGAAGAAAUUGUUAUGUCUAAAUUAAACAUCAAAGACUUGUUAUUAUUUUAUCAAAUGAGAAUCUAAAAUAUACUGCACGAAUUUACGAUAUGUUUGUAAUAGGAAAUGUUUUUUAAAUGUCUUAUAUACUUUUAAAAACUGAUUUUGUAUCUGUCUCAUUAAAAAUCUUAUAAAAUGCUUAAUCUAGUGAAACAGACAGACUUUUCAAUAUGUUUUUAACAAUUAAUGGAAUGAUUAUCUAUUAUUAUUUAAAAUUACUAUCUCUUUGUAUUCGUGUAGUUAUAUUUGUUGAUGUCAAAAUUCUACAAUAAAUUCGUAAGCAAUCGUCGAAGACUGAUAUGGUUAAACUGUCGACCAAUGUAUGGACGUGAUUGACAAUAUGGGAAUUAUCUUAUUUUAAAUAUUAAGCAAACAGCUUGAAAUAUGUCUCAAGAAUUUCCCAAAGCUAUAUAAUAAGUUUUUAAUAUGUAACUAGAAUAUGUGCCUUAUUCAAUAAUUCAAAGAUUUAUAUGUUGUACUAAAAUUGUUGAUAUAUUUGACGUUUUGUUAAUUAGAAUAACUAUUAUCGUUCUCUGUAUAUAAGCUCAUGUUAUAUAAGUUAAGAUUUAAAAACAUCUAAUGAAAUAAAAAAAAUAUCCUUAUGGAU